UUUAUUCAAUGCCUUCAACACUUUUAAAUUUUGUUUAGGCGUACAAGGUUUCACCGGUCAUUUUAACACACGAACAUCUCCGAGGUGUCCGAGGCAUCCAGAACACACCAUAAGGUUGAACACGUCCCCAAUCAGCCAAAAUGGCUAACGUGGGAGUGGAAGCCCUGUUAACCUGGUUGAACAACCUAGAGUUGACGGAUCAGCCUCUCCAUAUCGAGGAUUUGAAAGAUGGGACUUACUUGUUAAAAGUAAUCAAUACAUUAAAAAAUGAACGGGGCCUAUCCUUGGACCUUUCAGUGGAGGAACGGUUUAACCAAAUUGCCCGCUUCUUGGAGGGAGACUGCAGGUUACGUGCUGGCACAGGAGCUACUCUUUCAAGGCACAUUGCAAAUGGCAAUAACCUGACAGUAGAAAUAUCAAAGGUGCUUUUAUUGCUGGUGUACUAUGACAUGAUGAACAACCGCAGUACUCUUAACAAGAUGGAGUUGAAGGUGGAGGGUGAGAUUGCAAGCCUCACAGAGCGCUUUGUUCUGGUAACAGAUGACUAUGUCUACCUGAGCAAUGGGCUUGAGGCCUAUCUGGGGAGAAAAUACUCUUCUUCCCCCUCAACCCAAUCGUCCAGCUCCUUGAUAUGUGAUGACUCCCCUGUAUUCCAUCGCUCCCAGAAAGUCAAGUUUGUUGAUCUGCACACUGUGGCCACCCCGGCCGCCAGCAGCAGGUCUCCCCUGCAAGAAGUCAUGAACACGCCUCGUUUCAAAUUGAGGAAGAUGCAGACACAGAUGAUCCAUGAGCGGGAAUACAAGGAUGGCUUGACGAGGGAGUUGAGCAGCUUGAUGACCCAGAUCGCACAGAAAGAAACCGAAAUCAGCCAGUUAAAGUAUCAACUGGACAAGAUAAAGGAAAAUCAAAAUGUGCAAGACCAAGUGGUCAGCGACCAAAUAAAUGAACUGGAAACCAAAAACGAAUCGUUGCAAAGACGUCUUCAUGAGUUGGCAAAGCAAAGCCAUGAUUUGAAGUCCGACACCAUCCAUAUGGAACGUAAAGUAGACCAGCUUACAGAAGAGAAUGGAAAUCUCUCUGUCCAGGUGCGAGAGAUGCGUUUAAAACUGGCAACCUGUGAGGCUGAAUUGGAGGGGCUGUUAGAGAACCAGGCUACUGUUGAGAAGGAGCUGCAGAGCAAAAACUGCCACCUACAGGCCGAACUGAGCCAAGCCACUGCCCAAAAGGACUUCCAGUAUGAGCAAAUUGAGAUCCUUCAAGGCAAGAUCUCGUCUCUGGAGGAGGAGCUGAGCCGAAUCAGACAAGAAGAAAAAGGAGAGAACAUGGGGCCAGUCAUGCAGAGGGCAGAACUGGAGAAUGAAAUCACAGAUCUAAAAGAUCAGUUGGAGAUUACAACAGGCUCUCUUAGAGAGGCUAAACAGGUGGUUCAGGCUAAAGAAGUCAUGCUAGCACAAUAUCAAGAGGACAUCACUCUGCAUAAAGAGCUUCUUAAGCAGCAGAUGGCAAAAAGUGAAAAAGAGAUGCAAGAUAAACAGGUACUUCUUGACCAAACGCAGAAGGAAAUUGCUGACCAAAGACACAUUCUACAACAGGAAAAGUACAUUCUCCAGCUUCAAGUUGAUAGUAUAGGUGCCCUACUUAAGGAGAGCGAAGAAGAUGCUAAACUCAAAGAAGAGCAGAUGCUACAGGAAAACACAAGACAUGACACGGCUCUUGAACAGCAGAAGACAUUUUACCAGGAUGAGAUGGGCCGACUGAAGGGGGAGAUCCAACAAAAACAGGAGUUGAUAGAAUUACUGAAGGUCCGAGCUGAAAAGGUAGAACUGCUAAAUCAGGAGAUUCAGACAUUGAGGAACGAGGUGGAGACGCUAACCUCCUCGCUAAAGAAAGCAGAGGUGUAUUUGCAGACUCGGGAAGACCUGUUGGCAAAACAACAACUUGACAGCCUGAAGAUCCAAGAGACUCUGCAAAAUAAGAUAACAAUGUUUCAGGAAGAAGUACAUGGUUUGUGGGUCGAAGAAGUUGCUCUUCAGGCAGACGUUAAAUUGGCUAAGGAGACUAUUCAGGCCAAAGAAGACAUGUUAGCUAACUUGCAAAUGGAGAGCUCUCAACAAACAGACAUUCUUAACGGAAAAAUGCAUGGUUUGGAGGGCCAACUAAAAACCAUAACCACUACUCUAAGUAAUGCCAAACAGGAUCUUAAAACUCAACAAGACAUGUGCAAUCUGCACCAACAAGAGCAUGCACAUCAACUGGAAGAACUGCAAAAACAGAUGUUUGCCUCUGAAGAGGAAAUUGAGAGAUUAGUUCAGGAGAUCAUCCAAAAAGAGCAACAGAUGACCGAGGUAAAGAAGGAGACCUCAGCGCAUUCCGAAGAGUUGCAGCAGGAGAUCAACAGUCUGAUGAGUCAAGUGACCGGUGUGACUGACUCUCUAAGGAAGGCUGAAGAGAAGUUACAGGAUCGGGAGACUCUGCUCACCCAGCAAGAGCAGGAGAGUGCUCAUCAGAAAGAUCUCCUUCAGAAACAAGUGUCUGCCUGUGAGGAGGAGUUAGAGAAGAUGAAACGGGAGAUUAAAACCAAAGAGGAACAGCUAACCUUACUUGGGCGAAAUGGCUCUGAGCAAUCUGCCUUACUACAGGAGCAGAUCCAAGGUUUAAAUAGCCAAGUGGCGAGCCUGUCCUCCUCACUGAAGCAGACUGAGGAGGAGGUUCUAGGUCAGAAGCAUCAGUUGAGUAAGCAGGAGCUGGAAAGCACUCAACAGAUGGAGGCACUUCAACGGCUGAACCUUGUAUCUGAGGAAAACAUCAGACUGCUGAAAGAAGAGAUCCAAACAAAGGAGACACUUCUUAAUGAGAUUAGGACAGAGAGCUCCAAGCAAUCAGACAACCUGGCCAAUCAGAUACAACAUCUAACUCUUGAGAUGGACAACAAUAAAGAAUCUCUUAAAAUGGCGUCAGAGGAGGUUGAAGCCAAGGAAGACGUGCUAACAAACCUGAGGCAGGAGAGGGAUCAACUUAAAACAACGAUGGAGGUCUGUGAAGAGGAGAAGGCUCUACUCAAGCAGGAAAUCCUUCUGAAAGAGCAACAGCUGACGGAGGUGAAGAAGGAGACCUCCGCAAAUUCUGAAGAGUUGCAGCAGGAGAUCAACAGUCUGAUGAGUCAAGUGACCGAUGUGACUGACUCUCUCAGGAAGGCUGAAGAGAAGUUACAGGAUCGGGAGACUCUGCUCACCCAGCAAGAGCAGGAGAGUGCUCGUCAGAAAGAGCUUCUAAGGAAGCAAGUUUCUGCCUGCGAGGAGGAGGUUGAGAAGAUGAAACGGGAGAUCAAAAUAAAAGAGGAACAGUUAACCUUACUCGGGCUAAAUGGCUCUGAGCAAUCUGCAUUGCUACAGCAGCAGAUCCAAGGUUUAAAUUGCCAAGUGGAGAGCCUCUCCUCCUCACUGAAGCAGACUGAGGAGGAGGUUCUAGGUCAGAAACAUCAGUUGAGUAAGCAGGAGCUGGAAAGCACUCAACAGAUGGAGGCACUUCAACGGCUGAACCUUGUAUCUGAGGAAAACAUCAGACUGCUGAAAGAAGAGAUCCAAACAAAGGAGACACUUCUUAAUGAGAUUAGGACCGAGAGCUCCAAGCAAUCAGUGAACCUUGCCAAUCAGAUACAACAUCUAACUCUUGAGAUGGACAACACUAAAGAAUCUCUUAAAAUGGCGUCAGAGGAGGUUGAAGCCAAGGAAGACAUGCUAACAAACCUGAGGCAGGAGAGGGAUCAACUUAAAACAACGAUGGAGGUCUGUGAAGAGGAGAAGGCGCUACUCAAGCAGGAAAUCCUUCUGAAAGAGCAACAGCUGACUGAGGUGAAGAAGGAGACCUCCGCAAAUUCUGAAGAGUUUCAGCAGGAGAUCAACAGUCUGAUGAGUCAAGUGACCGGUGUGACCGACUCUCUCAGAAAGGCUGAAGAAAAGUUACAGGAUCGUGAGACUCUGCUCACCCAGCAAGAGCAGGAGGGUGCUCAUCAGAAAGAUCUCCUUCAGAAACAAGUGUCUGCUUCUGAGGUUGAGGUUGAGAUGUUGAAACAGGAGAUCAAAACAAAAGAGGAACAGUUAACCUUACUCGGGCUAAAUGGCUCUGAGCAAUCUGCAUUGCUACAGCAGCAGAUCCAAGGUUUAAAUAGCCAAGUGGAGAGCCUCUCCUCCUCACUGAAGCAGACUGAGGAUGAGGUGUUAGGUCAGAAACAUCAGUUGAGUAAGCAGGAGCUAGAAAGCACUCAACAGAUGGAUGCAUUUCAGCGGCUGAACCUUGUAUCUGAGGAAAACAUCAGACUGCAGAAGGAAGAGAUCCAAACAAAGGAGACACUUCUUAAUCAACUUAGUACAGAGAGCUCAAAGCAAUCAGAGAACCUUGCCAAUCAGAUACAACAUCUAACUCUUGAGAUGGACAACACUAAAGAAUCUCUUAAAAUGGCGUCAGAGGAGGUUGAAGCCAAGGAAGACAUGCUAACAAACCUGAGGCAGGAGAGGGAUCAACUUAAAACAACGAUGGAGGUCUGUGAAGAGGAGAAGGCUCUACUCAAGCAGGAAAUCCUUCUGAAAGAGCAACAGCUGACUGAGGUGAAGAAGGAAACCUCCGCAAAUUCUGAAGAGUUGCAGCAGGAGAUCAACAGUCUGAUGAGUCAAGUGACCGGUGUGACCGACUCUCUCAGGAAGGCUGAAGAAAAGUUACAGGAUCGUGAGACUCUGCUCACCCAGCAAGAGCAGGAGAGUGCUCAUCAGAAAGAGCUUCUAAGGAAGCAAGUUUCUGCCUGCAAGGAGGAGGUUGAGAAGAUGAAGCAGGAGAUUAAAACCAAAGAGGAACAGUUAACCUUACUCGGGCUAAAUGGCUCUGAGCAAUCUGCAUUGCUACAGCAGCAGAUCCAAGGUUUAAAUAGCCAAGUGGAGAGCCUGUCCUCCUCACUGAAGCAGACUGAGGAGGAGGUUCUAGGUCAGAAACAUCAGUUGAGUAAGCAGGAGCUGGAAAGCACUCAACAGAUGGAGGCACUUCAACGGCUGAACCUUGUAUCUGAGGAAAACAUCAGACUGCUGAAAGAAGAGAUCCAAACAAAGGAGACGCUUCUUAAUGAGAUUAGGACCGAGAGUUCCAAUCAAUCAGAGAACCUGGCCAAUGAGAUACAACAUCUAACUCUUGAGAUGGACAACACUAAAGAAUCUCUUAAAAUGGCGUCGGAGGAGGUUGAAGCCAAGGAAGACGUGCUAACAAACCUGAGGCAGGAGAGGGAUCAACUUAAAACAGCGAUGGAGGUCUGUGAAGAGGAAAAGGCUCUACUCAAGCAGGAAAUCCUUCUGAAAGAGCAACAGGUGACUGAGGUGAAGAAGGAGACCUCCACAAAUUCUGAAGAGUUGCAGCAGGAGAUCAACAGUCUGAUGAGUCAAGUGACCGGUGUGACCAACUCUCUCAGAAAGGCUCAAGAAAAGUUACAAGAUCGGGAAACUCUGCUCACCCAGCAAGAGCAAGAGAGUGCUCAUCAGAAAGAUCUCCUUCAGAAACAAGUGUCUGCUUCUGAGGUCGAGGUUGAGAUGUUGAAACAGGAGAUCAAAUUGAAAGAGGAACAGCUAACCUUACUUGGGCAAAAUGGCUCAGAGCAAACUGCUUUUCUACAACAGAAGAUCGAAGUUUUAACUAACCAAGUUGAUAGUCACUCCUUCUCAAUGAAAGAGGCAGAGAAGGACAUUCAAACGGCAAGUGAUGCGGCAAAACACUACAAAACUCAGAUGGAGAAUGCCAUGAAUCACUACAAAGCAAAAAAGCAGCUUCUCCAGGAGAGUCAGGAGCAGGUGGCAGAAAUGCAGCGCUCCUUGGAUGUUAAAGAGAAAAUUGGCACCGAGUUUAAGCUGCUCCAGCUCGACUUCGAAACCGUCAAAUCAAAUGAGAAGAAUCUCUUAAGCCGAGUCACCAGUUUGGAAGCACAGCUGGCUUUUGCCGACGGCCAACUGCGGGAGCAUAACAAGAUGCGGAGGGACGGAGGAAGGCUCCAGGACUCUUACUUCACAGAAACUGAGGAAAACUGGAAGAUCCAGACUCGUGAGCUAAAGGAGAACCACGACAGCUUUGACAGCCAGGGAGACGACACUCUGGAGGACUCUCUGAGCACCACAAGGAGACCCUCCGCUCCGGGGGAGUCCAGCACUCCGAUGGUUAGAAGCUCGGAGCGCCUCGCUGGCAAGCGGCGUUCCCUGAGCGCUGAUUCUCUGGAAAGCCUUUACUUCACACCCAUGAACAACAAGCAGACAAACAGGACAAAGCGCCAUAUGGACAGCAGCCUGACAUCCUUGGCUGAGCUCCCAGAUUCCACCCUAAAGAACCUGUCCUCCUCGGUCAAACGUCGCCGGACAACCCAGGUUAUCAACAUCACGAUGAGCAAGAAAACGCCCAGACGUGGAGGGUCUGACCACGACCACCACGGUGAGGACGAAGACACCUUCUACAGCCUGGCCUCCGCACGCUCCCACCCCAAUCUCUCCAACAGCCACGCAGCCAGGCCUGUCUCCAUGGAGCUGUCCGGCAAGACGGCCGCCAGCAGUGACCAGCUGAUGAGCCUGCCCGGCUACAGGCGGAGCACCAGCAGCAACACUGCGCCGACACGCAGCACAAGUACAUUCUGUGUGGGUGCUGAGAACGAGCCUGAAAACGGGCCAGAUGAUUGGAUGAGGAUCGCUGAGCUCCAGUCCAGGAACAAGGCCUGCCUUCCCCACCUCAAGAGCAGCUACCCGCUAGAAUCCAGGCCAAGCAUUGGACCUGAGUUCGUCAUCACGGACGACGACCUGCGCAUGGGCGACCCCACCGACACCAUCCGCCGGGCCACCUUGAUGCCCGGCCAGAUGCUGGACUCCCUCUCCUCCCACCGCCUGUCCUACAUGGUGGGGCAGACGGACACCGCUGGCACUCGUGCCCACCGCCACUCCCUGUUGCCGGGCCAGCUCCCAGCACGCACCCACUCCUCCUCACUGCAAAAUUACCCGCUCUCUCCCGAGGCGAAGGCCAGCUGCUUCCCCCGCCCUCUUACUCCAAAAUACAAAAACAGCCACAUGACCUCCUCAAGCACCCAAAUACGCACGGCCCUCAGCCCGGUCCAAAGGAGGGAGUCCACGGUGUUCACCAUCGAAAACACCCCGAAGAAGAACAGCUAUCUCCAGAAGGGGUUGAACAGACUACGCAGCUCCACGCGCAAGUCCCCCGGCAAGGGGCCGAAGACGUCCCCCGCCCAGCGAGCCUCUGGUCGGUCCCCUGGUAACCGCGCGGCCGAAGUUGGAGUUGCCGUGGCAAGACGGGGCAACACCAGGGCAUUGCCUCAGGGGGCGGCGGUGGCGGCCAAAGGUCAGAGGAGGUCCCCGCGCACCAGUGCCAAAAGCACGGCCAAGUCCCCGCGCACCAGUGCCAAAAGCACGACCAAUUCCCAGUUACUGACCUCCAGUGCCCGCAAGAUGAUGAGCAGAAUGAAGGUCUGAAGAAGUAUCUGGAACAAUCUUUUUUGUAUUCUACUCAAAUGAUGGAAUUGCUAUAACUUGUACAUUUACAGCAAAUUUUUCUUUUCAUUUUAUCCAAAUCAAUCUGUUGUCUAUCAAUCUGUUUUUCUGUCAACAAUGUGGUGGAUUUCACAGAGUUGUGAUAUUCUUCAGGGAUUCUAGUAUCUGCUUGCAUUGGAUUCUCUCUGUAUUAUAUUUACAUGUUUGUUGGUGAUCAUUUAGUUGGAAUUUCGGUUUUUUGAUAAUCCAAAUAUUUUGCAUACAAAUAUGCCAAUGGGUGGCAAUCUUUUUUUAUAAUUUCAUUUUUUACAUAAACAAAUGUUCCUCUGUAGCAUAGUUUUAAAUUUCACAUUUUUAAAUUCUAAAAUAAAGCCUCAUAUGGAAUCAGAUCAUUUGUAUUGUUAAAUUGUACAUUAAAUGAUUGACAGAUA